CACACAGUAGGAGGCGGUAGUGUGCCAAAUGGGACCUUCAAAAUAUAUUUUUAUGUAGUUAAUGUCACUUAUAAUCGUAAUUUUAUACAUCACUUUUACAGAUACAGAUAAUUAAUUGCUAUUUCGAGGGGAUAAAAGGCUAAAACUGUUACCAACGACAGGAGAAAACGGAAGCAGUAUGUUUGUCAACACAAGAUAAAGGCGCCAUGUUCAAAAUGCUUCAGCUCUGGUGUUGACGUUUUUGACUUUUGCUAUGCCAAACAAAUUGAAACGGAGUAGAAAUAGCCUCAAAAGUAGUUUAUGUGCUGACGAAGAAUGCCCUCAAACAGUCGAAGUGAAGUCGUUAGCUUUAGCCGGCGCUACAUUAGCUAAUAGCAUCUUAGCAUGCCCGUUAAAGGAGGCAUACUCUGAAGGUGUAUCGUACCGGGACAGGAGCACUAAAGAAGUUACACAUCAGCACGCCAGUAACAGGAACGGGCAUGAACGUCUUCCUACUCAGAGUGAACCUGAAAUGAGAAUUACGCAGAAAGUUCCAUUAUUGCUUUCGUCGUCUCAGUCAUGGGGAGGAAAUCUACCUUCAGCUCUGCACAGCUUUUUGAAGGACAUCCAAGCAUCCAACACAGCAUUCCCGGUACAAAGUGUGUUUGGAACACUGCAGCGGAAAGCCAAAGAGAUGCUACAAGAUUAUAGACUAACAGAGAACCGCUUGCAUUCUAGUUGUCAACACUCGGAUAAGAAGAGGAAACAAGAAUUGGGCAGCUGUGAGAAAGGGGCCAAACGUCUGAGAUCGAAUAAUGCGACUGCCAUAGCAAGUUGCGUUUCCAUGGAGAUGACUCUGCCCAGAGUGAGCAAACUGAGUCGUACUCGGAAACUCAAGCAGCAGGCUGCCGGUGAAAAUAGGACAAGUCACACAGAAAUCAGCAAAACAUGUGAUGUUAUCCAAAAAGAUUAUAGUUGUGAUGAUGUUCUGUGGACGGACAAGUACAGUCCUCAGUGUGCCAGUGAACUUAUUGGGAAUUCUCUCCAAGUCAACAAAUUGCACAGUUGGUUGAAAAAAUGGAAACAACGAGCCAACUGCGAUGAGAGGCGGCCAGCGGAGGAAAUUAAACCCAAUGAAAAGUGUGGCAGAGACAUUCCCACUGAAGAUUCAUGGGAUUGUGGAGACUUCCAGGGUGAGGCUGGCUCAGCGCAGCACACAGAGAAGCCCCCACUGUGUAACACCAUGCUCAUAACUGGGCCUUCAGGCGCUGGCAAGACUGCGUCUGUGUACGCUUGCGCUCGGGAGCUUGGUUUCAAGGUGUUUGAGGUGAACUCAUCCUCACAGCGCUGUGGCCGUGAGAUCCUGUGUCAGCUGAAGGAGGUGACUCAGUCACACCUGGUGGGGACAGUUGGGAAGGACAUGCUGAAGCCAGCUUACUUCAACACCUAUACCACCGGAAGAAGCUGCUCUCCGAAAAGUGAAACUUUAGCAGGAAAAUUGUCCGCUCCCAAAAAGGUAACCCUCCGCUCAAAGACCCGACCAGCACAGAAGUGUGGCGGCCUCAGAACUACAUUAAAAGAGAGUCCAGCUGCAGUCACUCUAAAGAACUACUUUAAGAUGAAGGCCAGAGCAGAUCACCUCUGUGGUCCGUCGCCGUCUGAGACACCAGACAAAAUACCUUCUGGCUCUGAUCGAACAGCACAAGAGAAGAAAAAUGGAUCCACGUCACUGAUUCUGUUUGAGGAGGUUGAUGUCAUAUUUGAAGACGACGUCGGCUUCCUGGCAGCCAUAAAGACGUUCAUGACAACCACUAAAAGGCCAGUAGUUCUUACCACUAAUGAUCCAACUUUUCGAGAGAGGUUCAAGAGCAGCUUAGAAGAAGUCAUUUUCAAGACACCAUCAGCGGUGAACGUCUGCAGCUACCUGCAGCUGGUGUGUUUGGCUGAGGGCGUGAAAAUGGAAGUGGAUGACGUGAGAGGCCUCCACACGCUCACCGGGGGCGACAUCAGACGUUGUCUCCUCCAGCUGCAGUUGUGGGUGAACAGUGUGAAAGGCCUCCCUGAGGAACACCCACAUCGUACUCGUACGGAAGGGGAGCAUCGCUUUGGCGACAGCGCAGGUUGCACUGCCAGCAUGUUGGGUCUCCACCCUGUCGGCCAUAUUCUGAACCCUCUAAAGGAUUCGUCAUGGACCGAAGUGGACAUGGACAAGCUAGCUGAGAGCUGGAGGAGAAAUGUACCUUUACUGUACUCCAACCUGGAGCUGCUUUUACCCAUCAAGACCCCACAAGGAAGAGCUGUCCCUUCAGCACUAAACACUAAUCCAAUGCACCAUGGACCUCAGCUUAGCAACAGGAUAAAGGGGUCCAGUUUGACGGCAACGUCACAUCAGAUAAGACCGCAGAAUAUAGAAUUUCAAACUUUGAACUCUCUAGCUGACUUCUUUGACCUCAUGUCAUUCCUCGAUAACACAACUGCAACAGCGGCAGCAGCGCCGCACAGAAGGGAGUUUGUUUGGACAGGAUCUGACAUAAAAGAUGGCUUAUUGGAUGAAAUGAGCGAAGUGGAGGAAAGAUGGAGUCGGAGCCAGGAGAGUUUGCUGGAUAUUCGGGCAGCUCUGGAGGGUUUGGGGUAUCGCAGGUGUUGGACUGAAGCCGGGGAAUGCAGACAGGAACAAGAUGACAUGAGGUGGAGCUUGACCUGUCGACCUUUGUGCGACCCAAUUGUGUCCCAGAGGAGGUACAGGCUGAGCCGAGCCGUGUUGAACAGUCCCUCUUUUAGCCUGCUGGGAAACACACAAGCGGUAUGCGUGGACUACAUGCCAGCAAUCCGCUCUAUCAGUCGCUCUUUAAGGCAACAAGAUGCCAAGACAGCCAGUAGGUGUGUGAACUACCUCAACAACUUACACCUCUGCCUGUCCAAGUCAACUUUAAAACUUCUGGCUGAAGAUUUCUGCAGCACAAGUCAGGCAAUCCAAGCAAACUACCUCACUACUUUUUCCACCUUCACGUAGAAAGCUUACACAGGAAUUAAAAUAUUUAUUUACCUCUACGCCUGUAAAAAGGCAGUCAGAUUAAUGAUGUGCAACAAUGAAAUAUAAAUAAAAAGGUUUUAUUGUAACAGUUCAAGUACUGUUGGUUAUUGUUUUUUCUACAAUGGUCCAAAUGGACAAAAUAGACUGUCAAAUGUAAAAACAUUGUUCAAAUGGUGGCGUGCAUCUUCUCGGUUGGGCAGAAAAGUUCCAAAGUGCUCAGGUGGUCUUCCGUUUUUGUUGCCAGAUGAGCGGACGCUAACUAGAGGAUUCACUGAGCAGCUCGUAAAAAGCAACCGCCUGCAGUAGAGCAUCGCAGAGCUCCUCACCUCCUGCUCCUUUUCUGAUGCUGCUCAUCUGGAACGAGUUCCUGUACUUGACCAGCAGCCCUGGCGGAAUGUUGAUCCGCGGCAACUUCUGCGUCACCGACUCGGUCAUCAUCCGCCGCACUGUCUGAGCCCCGCUGGUCCGCGCCUCACCCACCAUCAGUCCAAAGUGGCGUCCCACAGCAGUGCGCAUCAUAUUCAGGACUCUGCAAGAAGGUAUCAGAGGGUUGGCUUUCGUGCAAUGAUGACACCUAAGGGACUUAAAACUAAAAGCACUGAACCUGGGAGGGAUGUUGGAAUCUGACGGGAGAUUUCUGGGCUCCAAGAGAGCAAACAACAUGGCCUCCACCGUCCUCAUGUGAGCCAUGACAGGGAACAAAGCGGUGUUCUGGACUGAGAUGGAUGGUUUCUCAAUGAUGUAGAAGUCAGCUGGAGGUAGGAGGGACACUACAGUUGACACCUGUUAAGCACAAAAACGCUAUUUUCAAAGGGUACAAAACGAAUGAAAUGUGUUGCUAUAACCAGACUCACAUCAUGAAGGUAGGCAGAUGCCAUGUACGUCCCCUUAAGGAAGUUGGGACAGUCAAGGUGCUGCCAGUCCAACACCGUCAUCGCUCUGUCCACGUGUGCCCAGGCUAUUCUAUUAGUUGCACACACUAAUGACACGAUAGAGUUGGCAUCCUGCAAAAGUCAGCACACACAUGUAAUAAUGGUAAUGGUUUUAUUUCAUUUGAACAUGCAUCAGAUUACAAUUGAAUGCAUCCCAUAAUCAGUUCACAGUUCCACAUGUCCAAAAGGAGUAGGAAGAAGCAAAGCUUAUUAAAUCCUACCCCUCCACCUGGUACUUUUACAAUCAGUAACUGUUACAUUUGUUCA